AUGGAGAGGAAGAUGAGUGCUAUGGCUUGCGCUGUCUUCAAUGAGCUUCGGCUGGAGGGGAAGCUCUGCGACGUGAUCAUCAACGUGGACGGUAAUGAAUUCAAGGCUCACAAGAACAUCCUCUGUAGCUGCAGUCAGUAUUUCAGGGCUUUGUUCACCAGCAGCUGGAACAAUGCAGAGAAGAUAGUGUAUAAUAUCCCCGGCACUUCACCCAAAAUUAUGAAGCUCAUUAUCGAGUACGCCUACACCAGGACAAUCCCAGUCACGGCUGACAACGUUGAGAGUUUGCUAAUCGCAGCAGACCAGUUCAACAUCAUGGGCAUAAUCAGGCUGUGCUGCGAGUUCUUAAAAUCCCAGCUCUGCUUGGAAAAUUGCAUCGGCAUCUGCAGAUUCACAGAUCACUACCACUGUCCCGACCUGCGAGAAGCCGCCUUCGAGUUCAUCUUCCACCACUUCGGGGAGAUGACGAGGGCGUCUACAGAAUUUCUAGACCUCUCCAUCGACGAGCUCGUGUACAUCAUUGAGAAGGACGAACUCAACGUGAGGCAAGAAGACAUCGUGUUCGAGGCCGUGAUGAAGUGGAUCGCCCACGACCCGCAGAACAGGAGGCAGCACGUCGCCGUCUUGCUGAGCAAGGUCCGACUGGCGCUGAUGGAUGCGGAUUACUUCAUGAACAAAGUCAAAACCCACGAUUACGUGAAGGACAACAAGGAUUGCAAACCUCUCAUCAGAGACACGCUGACGGAAAUGUACAACCUCAACAUGCACGGCCCGUCUUACUAUGAUUUCGCCAACCCGCUCAGCCAGCCUCGCCUGCCCUGCGCCGUCUUGUUCGCCAUCGGCGGCUGGAGCACGGAGAGCCCAACCAACGCUAUCGAGAUAUACGACAACCGUGCGGACAAGUGGAUGAACGUCACCUGCGAGCAAGAAAGCCCCCUUGCCUAUCACGGCACGGCUUAUUUACAAGGAUUUAUCUACGUUAUCGGAGGAUUUGACAGCACGAAUUAUUUCAACAGCGUCAAGCGGUUUCACCCGCUUCGGAAAGUGUGGCAGCAGGUUGCACCCAUGCACUCGCGGCGCUGCUACGUCAGCGUCACCGUUCUCGACAACUUCAUCUACGCCAUGGGAGGGUUUGAUGGUCACUCCCGCCUCAGAACAGCGGAACGGUACAAGCCAGAGACAAACCAGUGGACGCUGAUCGCCCCCAUGCACGAGGAGAGAAGCGAUGCCAGUGCCACCACGCUGCACGGAAAGGUGUACAUAUGUGGCGGGUUCAACGGGAACGAGUGCUUGAUGACAGCGGAAGCGUACGAUGUCACGACGAACCAGUGGACCCUUAUAGCCCAAAUGAGAAGCAGGAGGAGCGGCGUGGGAGUGAUGGCGUACGGAAACGCCGUGUACGCGGUAGGAGGAUUUGACGGAGUCGAACGGCUUCCGACCGCGGAAGCUUACAACCCUGUCGCCAACACGUGGCACGCAGUGCCCACCAUGUUCAACCCUCGCAGCAACUUUGGCAUCGAAGUGGUGGAUGACCUUUUGUUCGUGGUUGGUGGCUUCAACGGCUCUGCUACUACUUUCAAGGUUGAGUGUUACGAUGAAAACACUAACGAGUGGCACGAUGUCCAAAAUAUGAACAUCCACCGUAGUGCCCUGAGCUGCUGCGUGGUGCCAGGCCUCUCUAACGUCAGGGAGUACGCUGGCAGGCGAGACUACUACAUGGCCAACGUGAGGGAAGUCAGGUUCACUGCUUCGACAAGUAGCCUGCCUAUGUAA